AUGUUAGUAAAAUGGUUUAUAUUGUGCCUGGUAGCCAUGCCGGUCAGCCUCACAACUGGCAAUGAACGGAAAUGUCCGAUAGAAUGUACUUGCAGUAUAGAUGAAUUUAAACGUUUUCAAACCAUCUGCACCAAAGGUGGCCUCACAAGAUUUCCAGCCGAAAGCAUAGACGGUGAUGUACAAGUCAUUAUCAUACAAGGCCCACGGAAUUCUGUAACAACUGGGAAUUUUCUAAGGAAUUUUCUUAAACUAGAAAUAGUACGCAUCACAGACUCAAAUGUACCGGCCAUAGGGCCGGAAUGUUUGUGGGGUCUGCAGCAUUUAAAAAUUUUAGAUUUUUCCAAGAAUAAUAUUUCACUUGUUCAGCAAAGAGAUUUUCGGGGACAAAAUAAUUUGCUGGAAUUGGAUUUAUCGAAAAAUAAAAUUAUAAAAAUGGCCAGUUCGGUAUUUUGUAAUUUAACGGAAUUAAGACGCUUAAAUUUGGCCGACAACUCUAUAGGAGAGUUAGUGCAGCGCAUAUUCUUUAUGAUGAGCAAAUUGAAAUAUUUGGAUUUAAGUGGAAAUCCCCUGCAGGAAUUGCCACCAGAUGUCUUUCGCGAUGUUUCGCAACUGAAAGUAUUCAAAUGUCGCAACUGUCAGUUAAAGAAAAUCAAUCCACAAUUGUACAAUUUAUUACCAUCGCUAAGUGAACUCGAUUUGGGAAGAAAUGAGUUUAAAUUUCUUGACAAGGAUGAAUAUCGUGAUGUCAAGCAUUUAAGAAAAGUUCUAUUAGAUGGCAAUCAAUUGCCUGUUGUUGUCGAUGAACUAUUUCGCAUGCAAAAAAGUCUUGAACAUUUAGAUUUGUCCUACAAUCGUUUGGCUAAAGUUCCCAACGAUUCAUUUUUACAUUUGACUAAUUUGACUUUUCUGGAUUUGUCAUAUAACAAAUUGGUGCGUUUAGAACCGCAGUCUAUGAGGCGUCUUGGCAAUUUACGAACUUUAAAUAUAAGUGGCAACAUACAUAUGGAUCUUCAUGAAAUACGAGACACUUUUGAACUUUUGCCACACCUGACACAUCUUUCUAUUGCUGAUAUGGGAAUAUUGCCUGUCGGUUUGUUAGUGCCAUUCAAACAUUUGCGUUAUUUGAAUAUUUCCGGUAAUCACUUGGAUAUCAUGUCCUUACAAGUCAUUGAGCCCUGCCAGGAGCUAGAGUUUCUUGAUCUGUCUAGAAAUCAAUUGCAUGGCAUUAACGCUGACAUUGUUUUACGUAUGCAGGCGAUACGCAAUGUACGAUUGGACAAUAAUCCGCUUAUAUGUGACGAGUGUCACAUGGGAAAAUUAAUUGAUGUUGUACGGCAGCUGCAGUGGAAAUGGGAAACAUAUCCAAUUUGUUUCUUACCCAAGACUCUCAGGGGUGCUGAAAUAACCGAUUUGGAUGCAAAUGGCUUAGAUCGUUGUUUGGAUUAUAUAACAGACGAGGAACAAAAUGCAGCCAGUACAUCACAUGCUAAUUUUCUGGAGAGAGGUGGCCUUAAUACCCUGGCAAUUUUGGGUGGCAUUAUUUUCGUUUUAAUUGCCAUUAUAAUCAUUUCCGUUGCCAUUUGCUAUUCGAAACAUCGGGCACGUUAUUAUACGCGAGAGGAUCAUCUUAAUGGCAGUGAGGACAAAUGUUUGGAAAAGAAUUUAGAAACGACCACAAUUACUGCCCAAGGAAAUGGUAAAACAAAUGCAAAGUUAGCAUCACCCACAAAUGGCAGCAGUAACAAUACAAAAACACCCUACUCCAGCGGCAAUGGAGUAGAAGCCAUGACAGCGGAACCCUUAAAUCCCAGCAAUGGCCGCAGUACCAGCGAAAUCAAUUUUAAAUUUCCCAUAGAUGAUCGUGUGUGUACUAUUGAUGAGUUGGUGGUGGUACCGCCAGCACCACCACCUCCCACAAAACAACAACCUGGAGCACAAGUCCUGGAUAUGAAUAUUGGCCAUCUGCGCUUCUCACAAUCACCGCUUAAUUGUGGUAGUACAACGGCCAGAGCGGCGGUAGCUGCUGCCGCUACUGUCAUACCGCCAGGGGCACCAUCUGCCGGAGCAUCAACCAUGAUUACAACGCCAAUGACACCAUCACAUACAACAACAACGACACUGCCACCAGAGGCUAUAGUGGUAGUGCUGCCACCACCGCCCUCAAACGAACAACUUUAUUCUCAACAACAGCAGCAGCAACACCAACAACAGUUGUUGCACUUAACCACACUUGAACCAUUGGUAAGCGUUAACUGACCUCAGGGUAUUAUGGGUCACACGAUAAGAAUGUCACAUUUGGACGAAUAUCAACAACAAAAACAACACCAACACCAGCAAAAUACCACAAAUACAUAGAUAAUAACAGCAACAACAAAACUAUAAUAACAACAAUUAUUGUACCAGAACAUAUGUAUGUGUAAAUAUAUUAUUUAUAUAUAAACAAAAGACUAUUUAUAUGGUUAUAAAUUUGUACAUAAUGAAGAAAACUCUUUGUAAAUUUGUGUGUAUACUUUU